AUGACCGAAAACACAGCAAAAGAUAAAGAAAUACAUUUAAUUAAACUAGAUAUUGAUGGAACUAGCACCAAUCCUGAUUUUUCCACUUUAAAUCAAAACUUAAAAAAAGUUUUACAAAAAUUAAUCGAACAAGGACAUAAAGUAUGUUUUACUACUGGACGAAAUUAUUUAUCCGCUUUGCCUUUUUAUAAAGAGGUAGGACUAGAUACUUUUUUAGUUACUUAUAAUGGAGCCUACAUUAAUAAUCCGGAGGAUAAGAAUAACAAAGAAAUAACGGCUUUUUACCCUAUCAAAAAUGAAAUAGUUAAAAAUAUUUUGCACGAACCAAUAAUUAAAGAAAAUAUUAAAAAUGUUCUAAUUGAUCAUGUCAAUGGAUUAAAAGAAAAUAGAGAAAUAGAUUUAAAAACUAUUAGCACUAGUGAUGAUAUUUAUUAUCAAGAGAUAUUUUUUAACGGUAAUCCUUACACCAAAGGAGAAAAUAUUUUGGAGCUUUUGGGAAAAAAGGAUGUUUUGCAAUUAGUUCUAGAAUUCUCGUCGGAUGAAAAAAAAUUUAAUGAAAUUUUGCUAACUUUGCGGAAAAAUUAUGGUGACGCCAUUACUUUUUAUUUUGGUAGCAAGUUAAAAGCCAAAACUCCUGGAGACAAAAUUUUGGUUCCCGAUCCGGAAAGAAAAAUAAUAAAAAUCCGCAAUAAAUUAGCCAGCAAAAGAACGGGAGCCGAAUGA